GUGAUCGCGGUAGGGCGUUCGAAUAAAAUGUCGGACUACUUCGAAGAAAUGGGCUGGACGCCGUUGGGUGAUGGCGAAGCACCGAAUCAUCUAAUACACAUGGCCCGAUUGCUGAGAGAUUCAGGUAUCUGGGGAUUGCUCGAUCAAGAUGCAAGAUUGCCGCCACCUGCAUCGAAAGAAGCACUGAAUACUCUAGAAGACAUUGAAAUUUCUUCGAGCGAAUCAAAACAGUGUCCCGUUUGUAUAAAAGAAUUCGAAAUGGGUAAUUUGGUAAAAACUUUACCUUGCCGUCACACUUUUCACAAGGAUUGCAUUAUUCCGUGGUUGGAAAAGACGAAUUCGUGUCCGCUCUGUAGAUACGAGCUACCGACCGAUGACGAAGACUAUGAAAUGUAUAGAAAGGAAAAAAAGAGAUCCGUACAAAGGGAAAAAGAUCUCGAGACUUUACAUAAUUCUAUGUUCAUGUAGCGAAUUUACACGGUUAAUUUACAACAAGAUAAUUUAUGUUAGCAAGUUAUUCAACGAGCACGAGUAAAGAUAUUUUUAUAAUAUCUUAACGUCGGUAAUAUUUGCGAUUGUGACGUUUUCGACGGUCGGUUAAUUUCACUCGAAAAAAUACUUUUCUCUUAUGUCGUAUAAAAAGUAUUCUUUUUACAUUGUCUCUUAUAUAUUUAUGCACUUAUUAUAACGCGAACGAAAUCAAAAGGUACCAUUGAUAAAAAUAUUAUGAUAACGUUGAAGACGUCGUGUAAGAAAGUAAUUAAUUUGUAAGUUUAAAAAUAAGGUGGCCAAUAAAAAGCCAAUGAUUAUUAAUAGGAAAUAAUGUUUA